AUGGAGACCAUCUCAAGGUACUUCAAGCAAGUGAUCUAUGCUGUCGAGGAGCUCAGAGGAGAGAUGAUCAAGCCACCAACCAGUCGGACACCUACCAAGAUUCGCACUAUCCCAAGAUGGUAUCCAUACUUCAAUGUGAGCACUGACAGAUUGCAUUGGGGCAAUAGAUGGUACUCAUGUCACUGCCAGAGUGCAUCGGUCACAAUCUGCAGCAUACAGGGGGAGCACUACACAAGCCAGAAUGUGCUUGCUGCUGUUGACUUCGAUAUGAAGUUCACCUAUGUGCUGGCUGGCUGGGAAGGGAAAACCAGGUACCAUCUGACCGAGUUCGCUGGUAGGAACUAUCCUAGGACUCCACAUGAGUUGUUCAAUCUCAGACACUACAACCUUAGAGUUACUGUUGAGAGGGAUUUUGGAGCUCUGAAGAGCAGGUUUAAGAUCCUAAAUCAGAAGCCAUUCCACACUUUCCCCACUCAGAUCAAGCUUGUUCUUACUUGUUGCAUUCUGCAUAACUGGAUCCUGCAAUGGGGUGUUGAUGAACUGGUGUCUGAGGAGGAAGAUGUGACGGAGGACGAUGUUGUCAGCUCUGGUCAUGGUGUGAAGGCAUUUGACAACGAAGCCUGGAAGAACAAAAGGAUGGGUUGGGCACAGGCAAUAUGGGAUAAUAGAGGUCAGACAAGGAUCUGA